GCAACGAGGGGCUGCCGUUACGGUCUCGCGAGACUUUCACAGAAUGAUGAUGCUGCGACCCUGCUUACUAAUGUGAACCCGAAAUAAAAUAAUGGGGAGCGUUGAAACCUUCGAGUCUCUUGAAGAUUUCAAUGCAUGUCUUCAGCAGUACGAAGAAGACACGAACACAAAGUUUGUCGUUUUGAAAAGCGAUCGUGCAUUUGGCAAAAAUGAUCUGACAGUGGAAAAACAGCUACAGUGGGAAGUGAAGACCGUUCCCUUCAAUGGUGUGCCUUUCAAGAUUAUUGGGAAAAAGACAUAUAUAUGUCACCAAGGAAGAGACAAGCAUGCCAAAGCCAAACAAAGACGUCAGGAGAGUAAAGCACAAGGUCAUGAAUAUUCAUGCCUUAAAACAAGACGCUUGAUGCAGCCAACUAAAAAAAUGGGUUGUCCUGCAACCAUAAAUGUGGUUCAUAUUGCGAGGUUUCCAGAGUAUAAAAUAACUGAAGAUAACCCAUAUCAGAAACGAGAAAUGUCAUCAGCUGUUAGAGAAGCGCUGAGACUUGAUCCAAAACGUGUGCGCACAGAAGAAAUGUUUGCGGCCAGUUUCCCAGAUAUUAAAGAGCAUCAAAACCACCCCAUUUUUGGAAAGGAAUCAAGAGACAUUUCGAACAUCAUAAAAAAAGUCAAGGCAGGAAACAGGAAGUCUAGUGCAGACCAUCAUAAUCUACAGGCCUUGGUAAACACAUGGAAAGAAGAGGGCUGUUCUGUUGAGUACAGACCCUCUCAGAAGGAGGAGGAUGGUAGCGUUUUGAAAAUGCUGCUGUGCUUGCAAACACCUUGGCAGAAGAGGCUUAUGUUACUGUAUGGACAGCACAUGUGCUUACUGGAUGAAACUUAUCGAGCUGGCAGAAAUUCACUGCCGCUCUAUUUUCUGUGGGUGAGGACAAAUGUGAGCUACGCUGCUGUUGGAGUGUUUGUCACUCAGACAGAGACUAAAGAGGACAUCGCAGAAGCCUUGAAGGUGUUUCAGAAGUGGAAUUCAGACUGGAAUCCAUCACACUUCAUGGUGGACUUCUGCGAGGCGGAAAUCAGUGCUUUAGAGGAGGUGUUUAAGGGCUCUAAAGUGCUCCUCUGUGAUGUUCACCAAGAGAAGGCAUGGACGGAGUGGACAAGAAAAAAGGACAAUGGUGUGGCAUCUCAGGAAGAGGUUCUUAAACUUCUACGGGCCAUUGCAGAUUCUCAGACGAAUGAGGAGUUUGAGAAGAACACUGUUACCCUUCAACAACAUCCAGACUGGCAGUCAAAUGAGAAGCUGAAAAAGUUUGUCAGCACAUGGCUUGUUCAUGCAGAGAGGUGGGUGAACAUGUUAGGAAAUGUGCAUGUAAAUGUGGUCGCUUUUAAAAAUAAAGGUGUUGAAAGGGAAAAGGAUGUGCUGAAGCAUUCACACCUCAAGGGACACAGAAACUGCAGUCUCAGCGAAACUCUAAUAGUCAUUAUGAAACACUUCCUGCCAAGAUCGUAUCAAAAGUAUGUUGAAUUAAAUAUCAAAUGCUCAAAUGGCAAAUAUAGCACCAAUGUGCCUUGUUAUGUAAAGCACAGACCAAGAGUUAUUGCUCAACACAUUAUGAAACAGCACCAAGAGUCACUGCUCUAUAACACAAGUGACAUAAUGUCUUCUGGAAAAAACAUCUUCAGUGUUCACAGUCAAACUUCACAGGAAAAACAUCAGGUGAAUUUUGGAACCGACGAUGAGUUGCCUUCAUGUACGUGCAUUGACUGGCAGAGACAUCUUCUCCCGUGCCAGCAUUUCUGUGCAAUUUUUACCUUAGUUCCUGGCUGGGGUUGGGAGAAUCUGAGUGCUGCGUACAGGACGAACCCUCUCUUCACGUUUGACGAAGUUUGCCUGGGACAAUCUGGGACGCUUCCAGCUGAUCUUCAAGGCGAAGAGGUUUUGAAGAACAAUCAGGAGAACGAUACUAAUCCAGAGAGAGACAGCUGCACCUCCAGUCCAGAGAGAUGUCCGUCUCCCGCUGCUCCCUUUGAGACCAUCCUGACCUCUCCUAAUGCAGAAAAAAGAGAAAAGUGUGGUACCUUGUUAAAGGAGAUAUCAGAAUUGACAUGCUACAUACAGGAUAGGACAUUUCUAGAUUCAGUAGCCGAUCGCCUUAAGGAUCUGUUAGAAGAUAUAAGGCGACACACACACCAUGAUGACAUCCUUGACCUUUCCUGUGCACCACCAUCCAAGAAAUUGUGUUCAGCGACUGCUGGACUCCCAGAGCCACUUAAUAAAGUACCUGAAAGAUGCCCCAUAUCUGGAAUAGUUGGCAGUCAAGCCGAGUUAGUCAGGGCGACGCCUACAAAUGACUUUUGAACUACAUUUUAGGGUGUUUCUUCACUUGUGAUUUGUGGUUGUAAACAUUUUUGUCA